AUAUAAGGAUAAUAAUAAUGAAAUGACCUAAACAAUCCGAACUCAAAAAUAAUGGAAAGAAAGCUUCAAAUGACUCUCAGAAAUGCCGAAUUUCGAUGUCGACCACUUUGUAUCUGACUGCAGGAAACGGGUGCAGCUGGAAGAGCUCCGGGAGGAUCUGGAGCUCUAUUACAAGCUACUUAAAACUGCUAUGGUGGAACUCAUAAAUAAGGAUUAUGCUGACUUUGUAAAUCUUUCAACAAAUCUAGUUGGUAUGGAUAAGGCUCUUAAUCAGCUCUCGGUACCCUUGGGACAGUUACGAGAAGAAGUUUUGAGUCUUAAGUCAUGUGUCAGUGAAGGAAUUCAAGCAGUAGAUGAUCGGAUGUCUAAACAAGAAGAUAUUAGAAGAAAAAAGAUGUGUGUCCUGAGACUUAUUCAUGUUAUUCAGUCUGUUGAAAAAAUUGAGAAAAUUCUACAUUCACAAAGCACUAAAGAAUUCUCCUCAUUAGAGGGAAACAGCCCACUUAUAACUGGACAAGUUUUAGAGAGAAUUGCCACAGAAUUUAACCAGCUACAAUUUCAUGCAGUGCAAAGUAAAGGAAUGCCCCUUUUGGACAAAGUGAGACCACGCAUCGCUGGAAUAACAGCUAUGUUGCAGCAGUCCCUGGAAGGGCUGCUCUUGGAAGGCCUGCAGACUUCCAAUGUUGACAUAAUACGGCACUGUCUUCGCACGUACGCUACUAUUGACAAAACACGAGAUGCAGAGGCGUUGGUUGGUCAAGUGCUUGUAAAACCUUAUGUUGAUGAGGUGAUUGUGGAAGAGUACGUUCAGUCGCAUCCCAACGGCCUCCAGGCCAUGUACAAUAGACUGCUGGAGUUUGUUCCCCAUCACUGUCGGCUCUUGCGUGAGGUCACGGGGGGAGCUAUUUCAAGUGAAAAAGCAAAUAUUGUUCCUGGAUAUGAUUUCUUAGUCAAUUCAGUGUGGCCAGAAAUAGUACGUGGUUUAGAAGAGAAAUUACCAUCACUGUUUAACCCUGGAAACCCAGAUGUAUUUCACGAGAAGUACACUGCUAGUAUGGAUUUCGUGCGGAAAUUUGAACGACAGUGUGGCUCACAGGCCAGUGUGAAAAGAUUAAGAUCUCAUCCUUCCUACCACAGUUUUAACAACAAAUGGAAUUUGCCUGUUUAUUUUCAAAUAAGGUUUAGAGAGAUAGGAGGGGCCUUAGAAGAAGCACUUUCAGAUACACUAGAAGAAGCCCCAGCUGGGAGCUCGUAUUGUCUUUUAGCGACUCACAUGGUCUGGCAGAGCCUUCAGAAGUGCUGGUCUGAUCAAAUGUUUCUGCCGCUGUUAGCGCACCGCCUGUGGAAGCUUAGCCUGCAAAUCUUGGCCCGCUACUCUGUGUUUAUUAGUGAGGUUUAUGCAAGGCCCAUUUCUAGUGACAGUGUGAAGGAAAGCAAAAAAUCUGUGGCACCUGGUAGAAAAGAAUCUUCUGUAAACUUAAGCCCUAAUGAGGACCAAGGGAAUGGGUCCUCUCMGGAAACUCAGCCCUUGCCUUCCAUAACCAGUACUCAACUGAUAUAUAUUGCUGCAGAUCUGGAUAAACUCCAGGACCAGAUUCCUGACAUUUUAGAGAUGGUGAAACCAAAGCUUGAAAUGAUUGGCUUCAAGAAUAUGUCUUGUAUUGCAGGAGCCUUGGAAGACUCAAAAGCUUCUUUAGCAGCCUGCACUCCUAACUUGAAUAACAGGAUUAUCCAGGAUCUCAGUGAGGCCGCCUUCACUUGCCUGAAGAGUGCCCUGGAAGUCCCGAGACUGUACAGGAGAACCAAUAAGGACGUGCCAACAAAAGCUUCUCCAUAUGUUGACAGUGCUCUUAAGCCCUUCUACCGACUGCAGAAUGAAUACAAAGAUAUAUUGAAGCAGCCUAUGAUUCAUCAGUGGUUGGAAGGUGCUCUCUCUGAAAGCACACAGAAGUAUUGUGAAACUGUAUCUGAUGUGUUAAGUUCUGUUAAGAAAAUGGAAGAAAGCCUGAAAAGACUGAAGCAGGCCAGAAAAACUGCAACCCCAAGCCCUGUUGGUACAAAUGGGGGCAUGAGCGAUGACGACAAAAUCCGACUGCAGCUGGCCCUAGAUGUUGAGUACUUUGGAGAACAAAUACAAAAGAUGGGCCUGCCAACAAGCAGCAUCAAAGGCUUUUCAGCGCUUACAGAGAUUGUUCUAGCUGCCAAGGAUCAGGCUACAGUGGAACCAUCUUAAAUGUUUUUGAAUGCAAGUGGCUGAAGAUGAACAGUGUCCCUUUAAGUAAGGAGUAUUUAACUUGUCUUUAUUUUACCAAAUUAGUUCAAAUUAAGUGCUUCCUAAUGUAUCUCAGUAAAGAAAUCAGUGCAUCUUAUGUCAAGAUAGACUCAUUUAAACAAAAGACUGAGAAUUGAUCUGCUUUCCAUUAUAUGGAAAGCAGUCAAAAGUUGUAAGAUUUUUACUAUAAAGUGGAAGAAAAUGUUUUUUAUUUUUGCUGUAAAUCUUAUGUAAAAGAAUGAGCUUAUAUGAUUAAAAUAAUAUGUAAUAAAUCA